GAUAGAAUCAUAGAAAGAAUAAUCUAUAAUGGGCUCGAGUUCACUGAGUCACUGACUCACUGUCACGCUCCGUUGAACUAAACUACUGAACAAUGGCGAGUUCGCCGCCGUUCAUACUGUGCCUACUCUUCAUGCUCUUUGUCUCGUCGCAAACUUCCUUCUCUCUUCCACGAUCUUCCAAGUCCGCCGCUCGCUUUCGCAACAAAUUCCUGCGAUUGCCUUCCAAGACAAUCGGAGCACCGCAGUACAAAUACGAGAUUCGCUACUUCGAGCAGCGGCUGGACCACUUCAGCUUCGCCGAUCUCCCUCCCUUUCGCAUCGAAUGGUUUGCCGCCAAUUCCGGUCUCGUCUGGGAACUCGCGCCUCGCUUCGGCGCCAUGGUUAUCUUCCCCGAACAUAGAUACUAUGGAGAAUCAAUGCCCUACGGAAGUAGGGAAGAGGCAUAUAAGAAUGCGACCACGCUGGCAUAUCUAACAGCUGAGCAAGCAUUAGCAGAUUUUGCAGUGUUAAUCACUGAGCUCAGACGCAAUACUUCUGCCCAGGCAUGCCCUGUGGUUUUAUUUGGAGGAUCAUAUGGUGGAAUGCUUGCAACAUGGAUGAGGCUUAAAUAUCCUCACAUUGCAAUAGGCGCACUUGCUGCUUCUGCCCCGAUUCUUCAGUUUGAAGAUGUUGUGGACCCCGACACAUUUUACAACAUUGCCUCCAAUGAUUUCAGACGUGAGAGUGUUAGCUGUUUCAACACUAUCAAAGAGUCGUGGGAUGUAAUAACAUCAGUAGGAUCGACAAAUGGUGGACUUUCACUACUGUCCAAGGCUUUCCAUCUUUGUGGGGAACUAAAGAAUUCUUACGACCUUUCUGACUGGUUGGAGUCUGCAUAUAGUUAUUUGGCAAUGGCUGAUUACCCAUACCCAGCGGAUUUUUUAAUGCCUUUACCUGGAAAUCCAAUAAAAGAGGUUUGUAGGAGAAUUGACAGUUUACCUGAUGGCACGAAUAUCCUGCAGCGAAUAUUUGAAGGAGUUAGUGUCUAUUAUAAUUACACUGGAACAGUUGACUGUUUUGAUUUGGAUGAUGAUCCUCAUGGUAUGAGUGGCUGGGACUGGCAGGCAUGCACUGAGAUGGUUAUGCCAGUGUCAAGUAACAGCAAAACGAGUAUGUUUCCAGCAUUUGAUUAUGAAUACAGUGCUGAUGAAGAGUAUUGCUAUAAUAGCUAUCAUGUUAUUCCAAGGCCUACAUGGAUAACAACUGAAUUUGGUGGACAUGACAUCAAGACUGCUCUUGGAACUUUUGGGAGCAACAUUAUAUUCUCAAAUGGUCUCUUAGAUCCAUGGAGUGGUGGCAGUGUUCUUCAGAACAUAUCAGAAACGAUAGUUGCUCUUGUUACUGAAAAAGGUGCCCAUCACUUGGAUCUACGUGCUGCGACGCCAGAGGAUCCGGAUUGGCUGGUGGAGCAGAGGGAAUCUGAAGUAAAGCUGAUAGAAAGCUGGUUGAACAGUUACUUCGAGUCAAAAAGGAAAACUUUCUCCAUUUAGAAGGUGAGUUCUUUGGAGCGAGACCUUGGUUGUUUAACUCCCUCUUAUUUAGAAACAAGUGGCAUGUCUAGUAUGUAUGGUAAACAAAUCCCACGUUUACAAAAACUUAUGUUAACAGUAUUUCCUCGUUAUUUUAGUCUUUGUUCAAAAACCAUGUUUGGGCAUAACUUAGCCAAGAUUUUUGUAAUUCGAUUUUCUAUUUCUUGGUAUCUCAAAAAAAAAAAAAAUCAAACAAAAGAAAAAAGUACCUUACAUCUUGUGUUUUAUAUAAUUAUUAAUAUAAUAAUAAGCUUUUGGUGAAACAAGUAGCAUGUCUAGUUAACAGUAUUUCCUCGUUAUUUUAGUCUUUGUUCAAAAACCAUGUUUCACCAAAAGCUUAUUAUAUUAAUAAUUAUAAAACACAAGAUGUAACGUACUUUUUUCUUUUGUUUGAUUUUUUUUUGAGAUACCAAGAAAAAGAAAAUCAAAUUACAAAAAUCUUGGCUAAGUCAUGCCCAAAUAACCAGCCGGCUGUCUGGAUAUCUGUUAAACCCAUGCAAUCCUAAUGACAAAUGGCCAAUUCUGGACGCUAUUUAAUUCACACAACAAUUAGUUUCUUUGUAAACAUGUCUCAUAAUGUAUCGUGUAAAAUUAGUUUUCUUGUAAACAUGUCUCAUCACGUGCCUCCAACUACAUGCUCUGUAUUUUUCCUACUACGAACUCGGAGUAUCAUAUACUCCGUAUUAUUUCUUCAGGUUUUUAGGACUAUUCUUUCAAUAAUAGUUUCUACUUUCUAUGGUGUU